AUGGAGGAAGUUCUUAGUUUGAGUCAUGAAACUUACCUGCAGCUCCGGAAGCGCCACGAUGUGUUUCUUAGUUUCAGGGGUGCGGAUACUCGCCAUAAGAUCGCUGGUCUAGUUUACAGAGCUCUGAAAAGAGAAGGAGUCAAGGUAUAUAUGGAUAGCCCACACCUGGAGGGUGGACAAGAGAUCAAAACGACGCUCGAUGAAGCCAUCCGACGAUCCAAAAUCUUGAUCCCUAUCUUCUCUGAAGGCUAUGCGGAGAGCAAAUGGUGUCUCAGGGAACUCGAAGAGAUUGUUAAAUGCCAUAGAUCCAACGGUCGAAAAAUUCUUCCCAUUUUCUACGGUGUUGAACCAACGGAUGUUCGCCAUCAGACCAGCACAAGAUAUGCUAGAGCGUUUCAUAGAUAUAGCGAGAAAAAUGAUAUCCAGACCAUUCAAAAUUGGAAGCAAUCAUUGAAUUUCGUGGGAGGAAUUGCGGGAUAUGACCUUAAGCAAGUAAAUGGGUAA